AUGGGGAAAGAUUUAAAAGCCCUUGCUGAUAUCAGAGGAUUAGAGAGGGUGGUGGGUACAAUUGACCCGAGGCAAAUAAAGUUGGGGAGCAGAAAGUAUUACAGGUACAUUGGAUCCCUUACAACUCCUCCCUGCACUCAAAACAUUGCCUGGACCAUGCUGAGAAAGGUCAGAACUGCUAGCAGACAACAAGUAAAACUAAUUCGUCAAGCUGUUCACGACGACUCAGAAACUAAUGCAAGACCUAUACAACCAAUAAACCAGCGUUGGGUAAAGCUCUACAGACCAACAGAUCGUCAAGAAGAUUAA